GUAGCAUCUCUAUUAACCCUCUCGGCGCCGGGGCGGGUUGGGUGUUGGAGAUCCUCAGCCCGGAGGGUGCAGGCCUUAGAACUCACAGUGACCCGAAGCCCAUCUCUACUCCUCACGCAGAUCUGAUAUAAAGGGCUCUUUAUAUCAGAUGCGAGGGACACAGCGCCCUGACCCAGUUAAUGUCACCUGUCCUUACUGUCACUACCAGGGAGGCCUCCUUGGCAGCGCCUCACUUUCACAGUCCCUUUCCUCGGCCUGCUUUUGUCACCAGCAACACCCGACAUUUUUAUUUUCUUGCUUCUACUGUCUUUCGUUCUCUCCAACGGAUAAUGUUAGCAGCGUCCAAGGAGCUUCCAGAUGGAAAGGCUCAGCCAGGGGCUUCCCUAUCUCCCGGAGCAGGAACGAGCGGGCCUCCAUGGGAGAAUGGCGCGUCACUCCCGCUUGUCAGCCCAGGGACCCACGCGGGACCGUGGAGGCUGAGGUGAGCACGGCGCAGGACCGCUUGCGGACUACACGGCGGACGCGGCCCGAGGCGGGAUGGCCAGGCGCUGCAACACGCCGCGCUAGCCUGCCUGGGGAGGGCACAACUCCCAAACUGGCUGACCAACAAGCAGUGAACGUCCUGCCUCAGCCUCCAGAGCACCAGCACAAGGAUUACAGGGGUGUGGUGGCUGCAGUUUGCAUCCCUCCAAGAUCUCCGAGAAACUCCGAGACCUGCCUGCUCCCUGCUGUCCCCGGGUGCUAGCGUCACUUCCCUGCGGCCUGCUGCACAAGCACAGUCAUGCUCUCAGAGGCCUUCCAUAGAUGGCUUCGAACAACCUUCCUGCUGCCAGCCUUGAACUGCUGUCCCAGCUUCCAGAGAUCCAGAGAUCUCAGCCCUUUUGCUCCCACCCCCUAAUUGGCCCAGUACCCCGGUGGACCUGACUUCUUUCCUAGGAAAGAAAUGGAGACAAAGGUGUUAUCUCCCUCCCCCCAGCCCUGUGUGCAAGGCUGGAAGGCUGUAGCAGGAGGAUCACCACAAGUUCAAGGGCAGCCUGGACAACAUAGAGAUCCUGUCUCAUAGAAAAAAAAAUUGUAUCUCAAUAUAGUUAUUUUGGGGGCUGGGGAUUUAGCUCAGCGGCAUAAGCGCCUGCCUUGCAAGCAGGCAGUCGUGAGUUCGAUCCCUGGUACCAAUAAAAAAAAAAAGACAAAACAAACAAACAAAUCAAUAUAGUUAGUUUUCUUAGGUGUGAUUGCGCUGUGGUGUUUAUGAAGAAUUGGAAUUACUUUGUGCAAAAGAAAACCUGAAAUUACUAAGCACAAGGCUCUGAGUUUGAUUCUUGAUACUAAAAAAGACACUCAAUAAAGAACUGAAAUUACUUUUUUUUUUAAAUUUAAGAGGAAAAAGAGAAAAACAAAACAAAACAAAGCGGUGUAAGGGUACACGUAAUACAGAACUACAAAAAAAAAACAUAACAGUAAGAAAUCACCUUUUGAUAACACAUUGGAAUAUAAAGCCAAUGUGGCACUUGAUCAAGAAUACAGUAGUUAAAUGGAGCCAGGCAUGGUGGUGUACGCCUGUAAUCCCAGUACUCAGGAGGUUGAGGCUGGAGGAUCCAUGCAAGUUCAAGGCCUUCCUGGGCUACAUAGUGAGACCCUGUCUCAAAAAGAAAGAAAGAGCCUGGGGAUUUAAUGCAGCAGUUCAAGCGCUUGUCUAGUAAGCUCGAGGUUGUGAGUUUGAUCCCCAGUAGCAAAAAAAUGUUUAAAAAAUAGAAAGAAAGAAACAUUGGCACCUUUCAGAACUACUUUCCCUUCUAGGUAUCCCCAUCCCCACCUACACUGUCUUGUCUUAGGUUCAGGACUCCGUUACCCAUUUCUAAUUAUAACCAACGUUGUCUUCACAAACAUUAUCCAACAUAACCCUUGCAUCCAGUGAGAGGAAUGCAGCCCAAAGAACCAAGCCUCUAACAACCUCCAUGUGAGCCUCAAGCUAAAGGCCUCCAUUACCCCUUUAAUCUUCUCUGCAACCCUGUGUCAAAGGGUUUACUACUAUCUGCAUCUUGCAGCAGAAGAUAUAGGCUCAGGGUCAACACAAGAAACAGCAGAGCUGCAAUUCCAACCUGAGUUCUUUGACCCUGAGUCAUUCCCCCCACACACACACACUGGAGCUCUGCUUUCACACAGCAGCACCUGCCCUGGGGCAGGCUGGUGUCCAGGCUGCACAUUCUCCAAGAGUGUGCUGUCCAUAUGGGGGAGUGUGUGAGCCAGUGGCGCCCUGACCAGAUUAAAAGAAGAUGCUUAUCGCAUUACCUUGGGUCUGUCUUCCUUUCAAAAAACCAGACUGUAUGGAGGAUACCAUGUAUAAUAAAGAGUAAAAAUACACGAAA